GAACAUCUUAAUUAACUGUUGUGCUGUAACAGGUGUGUGGAGCGGUUGCAUUCGCAGGCUGAACUCUGAGAGGAUCAGACCACAAGAUGCCUUCGAGGCGGGUAAAGAACCAAGGAUCCGACCCAGCUCAAGUGCGGCAGAGCCGGGAGAUGAGACACCGGAGACUGGCUCUCUUUAUCCAGCAGUUUGAGAAAGAAGCACAAGAGCGUAUGAACGAGUUGGAAGCCAAACUGGAGAACAUGUUGGCCACAGUGGACAAAGUCUUCAAAGUGGAGCUGAUGAAGGUUCCUCUUGCUCUGCAAAAAACACGGAUAGGGGAAUUAUUUAGCGAGGAGGACUUCUCAGCCAGUGACGUGUCAAUUGCCAUGAAGAAUGAGUCCCUAGAGAUUCACCAACCCCUCAGGAGGACCCACAGUAAAAUAGUACAAUCAACUGACUCUGGCUCACCACUCCUGAAGCCCUCAGCCAAGACUUCCAAGGGAGGAAAAGCGACAAAAAAGAGCAAAACAUUAGUUGGAAGUAACAGCACUGGAAAUGUCAGGGGCACCCCAGCCACUGCCAAGAGAACUCAGAGCCUCUUGGUCAAGAACAACGAGCAGACCCGAGCAAUCAAACCGAAACUCAGGUCUGUGGUCUCUGCUGGAGAUCUGCACUGUUCCAUGGCCGGCUCUGCUGCGCACAUCACUGUCACCACAGCACAGGGACAGGCCCUCUCCUUUUCUGAAGAGACGCAGGAUGACAUUGACGUUGACCUGCUGGAUGACGUAGCAUUGUGCCAGUUUCAGAGGCUCACGAAUCUGAUGGACAAUCUGUUGAGGCGAAGGCGCUCCCAGCGAUGAUCAACUGACCAGCUCUAGUUCAACUGUUAAUGUAUUAUGAAAUGAGUCUAACAGUUUGUUUUUAAAUUUUAAUAAAGCUCAUUUUUUUAAUUAUUCUAAA